AUGAAAAGAAAUGGAUUUUGCAAACCAUAUCAUAAACAUCAAAUCAUAGCCUGAAUUUUGCUAGCAAUUAUUUCCAUUUUAUUCAGCAUUUUAGUUCUCCCAUCCUUUGCAGAUACAAACAGCGUGGUUUUUUGCUGUUUAUUUGCAAUGUCCCUUACCUCAGUUUUAAUAUUUGGAUUUAUAUGCACAUAUUUAGAUCCAAGCGAUCCUGCAUUAAAAGAAAUCGACGCUACAAGCCAAUCCAAGCCUGAAUCAGCAAAAAAUAACAAAAAAUACCCCAAAAUUUGCAAAAUCUGCGAUAAGUAUGUAAGUGGGAACAGUAAGCACUGCCGGCGUUGUCAAAGGUGUGUAAAUAAUUUUGACCAUCACUGCACUUGAGUUAACAACUGUAUCGGCGACGUAAAUUAUCGAGUAUUUUUCAAUCUAAUCUUAUGUGUACAAAUUUUAGUCGUCACAAUAAUCUCAGCAAGUUCUAUUGUUUGCCAACAAACAGUGACUUCAAGCGAAGACUCCAAAAGAAUCGAAGAAAAAUUGCAAUUGAGUGACCAAUCAAUGUAUUUUUAUUUUUCUAUUGUGGUGCUAAUUAUAAUUCUUUGUGGAAUUGUAGGUAUAUGCAAUGGGCAGCUAAUAUUAUUUCAUAUUUGGCUUAAGUUCAAGAACAUGACGACAUAUGAAUAUAUAUUAAUGAGAAGACGAGACGUAAACAAAUACAAAGUUUCUGAAAUCAACUUAAGCCACCAGCGGAAUAAUUCAGAAGAAGUCCACUUAGAAGAGCUAUACGAGCCUUAUAUAGAAAAUCCUGAUUACAACCUUGAUAUGACAAGAACACAAGAAAAAUCUGGCUAUAGCAAGAGGAUAAUGCCUAUUGACAACUCUUUUGAAAUCCCUUCAAUUUCAAGAGAUAUCAAAGAAGAUGAUAAAGAGCUCGAAAACCCUCCUUCAGUCAGCGACAUGAACACUCCAAGAAAUGAACUAAACCGAAAAUGGGAAGAAAUAGCGAACGACAAUGACCCUCAUAGCAACUCCUUUUAA